AUGGCUGACUUUUCUCCCGAGUCGCCUCUCGCAGCGCAGCUCCAGCAAGUCGUGCAGCCCAAGCUCGCCGAGAAUGGAUGGACGACGGGCGGCGACGACACGACGCUGUUCGAGUACAUCCUCCUCAUGCUAGCCAACGGCAAAGACCAGUCACAAGUCGCGGCGGAGUUGUCAAACGACCUGCUCGACCUGGGGCCUGAGAACACCGAGACACAGGAGUUUGCGCAAUGGUUGUUUGGACAGAUCGACUUGUUGCAGCGGCAAGCUGCUGGAGGGAACGCGCAGAGUGCGCCCUCGGCAGACCAGGCCAUGGACGGCGGCGCUCCAUCGUUUGUGCCUGGCGGGCAAGACACAGAUAUGGAUGGUGUCUCAGAAGCACAAGAGGGCAUUCCUACAGGGCCAAAAGCCAUGCGCAACGGCAGCGGCGCGCCAUCCGCACGUGGUGGACCUCGCGGAGGACGCAACAUGCUCAACCAAGUGAACAGGCAAAUGAACCGCAACGACGACCCGCUACAUCGUGUUCGUGGCGGCGGAGGCGUCGGCAGAAACAGUCGGGACCCCCCACGAGGCCCCCGUAGCCAAAACCUCGGUCGCGGAGUCGAGGCCAUGGCGAACGGACGAGGCAUGAACAGCGUUGGUAACAUCAACGGCGCCCCUGGUCCCAUGAACGGAAUGAACGGCAUGACCAUGGGCGGGAUGCCCGGAAUGCCGAUGGGAGGUCAGAACGGCGGCAUGAACGGCGGCAUGGGCCUGAACCAGCAGCAGCAGCUGGCGCUCAUGCAGAUGUACGAGCAGCAGGCCCAGAUGAUGCAGCAAAUCUUCUCCGGCGCAACUCCCACGCCUUACGUCAACCCCAACUUCAACAGCAACAACAAGAACAGAGGCGGCCGAGGUGGCCGAGGCGGGCGUGGAGGACGCGGUGGCCAGCACCAGCAGGGCAUGCACCAGUCCACCAAGUUCACGAAGAAGGAGGGCCAAGACGAUGCUAUGACCGACGGCCCCACAGGCGAGAAGGGCGAUGGCAUGGAAGUCGAGAACACACGGUCUGAACCUUCAGCCACCAUGUGCAAGUUCAACCUCCGAUGCUCCAACCCCGACUGCCACUUUGUGCACCAGUCGCCGGCAGCGCCUCCCGGUGCCCCAGUGGACAUGGACAGCACGUGCGAGUUUGGAGCUGCUUGCAAAAACAAAAAGUGCGCAGGAAAACACCCUUCGCCGGCGCAGCGACAGAAGUUCCAAUCGGAGCAGGAGUGUGCUUUCUGGCCCAACUGCCGUGAUCCGGCCAACUGUCCGUACAAGCACCCUUCAGCACCGCCAUGCCGCAACGGUGCCGACUGCACAACGCCAGACUGCAAGUUUUCGCACAGCUCGGUCAUGUGCAAGUUCAACCCGUGCUUGAACCCUCGCUGCCAGUACAAGCACAACCCGGGCCAGAAGAAGAACAACACCAACGUGUGGGUUGCGCCCAAGGAGGGCGAGCAUGUAAGCGAGAGGAAGUUUAUCGAUGAGAACCGCGAGGAGGAGCUCAUCAUCCCUGGUCAGGAGGGACAGAAUGGCCAAAAUGGCUCCAACCAGGCGACGGAGAGCAUGGAACAGGAUGUAACAUUAUAG